AGAUGUUGUUCUACUCUCACACUAUUUCCCAACCAACGCCUCCUCUGAAUCGCUCCGUUGCUAAGAGAGAAACGGAAAUCGCCAUUGAAAUGCAGCUGCUUCUGCUUCUCUUUCUUCUUCUUCACCUCCAUCUUCAUCUCUCUCUUUCUUCUCACUUGCCUGAAUAUCGCGCUCUUCUCUCUCUCAAGAGCUCGUUUUCCGAUGACUCCCAAUCGCCGCUCUCCACUUGGGAUGCUGCUACUACCCACUGUACUUGGGCCGGAGUCACCUGCGAUUUCCGUCGCCACGUCGUUGGCCUCGACCUUGCAGGAUUGAAUCUCUCUGGUACUCUCUCUCCUGACCUGGGCUCUCUCCGGUUUCUCUCUAAUCUUUCUUUCGCUUCCAAUCAGAUUUCCGGGCCCAUUCCGCCGGAGAUUUCUGCCAUCUCUACACUUAAAUAUCUUAACCUCUCUAACAAUCUCAUUAAUGGCACAUUCCCCUUGCAACUCUCCAUGCUCCAUAAUCUGGAGGUUCUUGAUUUGUAUAACAAUAAUAUGUCUGGGAACUUGCCGCUUGUGGUCAUCCAGUUGCCGAAUCUCCGCCAUUUGCAUCUUGGGGGGAACUUCUUCUCCGGAGUGAUUCCCCCGGGGUAUGGAAGGUGGCAGUUCAUGGAGUAUUUGGCGGUGUCUGGAAAUGAGCUUCAAGGUCCCAUUCCGCCGGAGAUUGGUAAUCUGACGAAGCUUCGUGAACUUUACAUUGGGUAUUAUAAUACCUACGACGGCGGUUUGCCGCCGGAAAUAGGAAACUUAUCGGAACUUGUUCGAUUGGAUGCUGCUAACUGUGGGUUAACGGGUGAGAUUCCUCGCGAACUUGGAAAACUUAAGAAAUUGGAUACUCUGUUUCUUCAGGUGAACGGCUUUUCUGGGCCUUUGAUUCCGGAACUUGGGAGCUUAACGGGAUUGAAAUCCAUGGAUUUGUCUAACAACAUUCUUGUUGGUGAGAUUCCGGAAUCAUUCUCUCAACUGAAGAACUUGACGCUUUUGCAUCUUUUCAGGAAUAAGCUUCAUGGAGCUAUUCCACAGUUCAUCGGCGAGUUGCCGGAGCUGGAAGUGUUGCAGUUGUGGGAAAAUAACUUCACUGGCUCUAUUCCUUACAGUUUGGGGAAGAAUGGGAAGCUUGUUGUUCUAGACAUUUCAUCGAACAAGUUGACUGGAACUUUACCUCCCGAUAUGUGCCAUGGAAAUAGACUUCAAACUCUGAUAACCCUCGGGAAUUUCUUGUUUGGUCCAAUCCCUGAUUCUCUUGGUGGAUGCCAGUCGUUGAGCCGUAUUCGAAUGGGGGAGAAUUUUCUCAAUGGUUCGAUCCCAAACGGUCUCUUCGGUUUGCCAAAUCUUUCCCAAGUUGAGUUGCAGAACAAUUUUCUCACCGGAGAAUUUCCAGUCACCGAUUCCGUUUCUGCAAAUCUCGGCCAAAUUAGUCUGUCAAACAAUCGGCUGUCGGGAUCCCUUCCACCGAUGGUUGGAAAUUUCUCCGGCGUCCAGAAGCUUCUACUCGAUGGGAACAAGUUCUCCGGCCAAAUCCCACCUGAAAUCGGGCGGUUACAGCAGCUCUCAAAGAUUGAUUUCAGCCACAACAAAUUCUCUGGUCCAAUCGCUCCGGAGAUCAGCCAAUGUAAGCUCUUAACCUUCGUCGAUCUCAGUCGUAAUGAACUCUCCGGUGAGAUUCCGAAUGAAAUCACCACAAUGAGGAUAUUGAACUAUCUGAAUCUCUCAAGAAAUCACUUAAUCGGAAGCGUUCCUGCUUCAAUAUCCUCAAUGCAGAGCUUGACAUCUGUUGAUUUUUCAUAUAACAAUCUCUCGGGUUUAGUUCCGGGCACCGGUCAGUUUAGCUACUUCAACUACACUUCAUUUCUAGGCAACCCAGACCUCUGCGGUCCAUACUUAGGACCUUGCAAAAAUGGGGUCGGCAAUGGCACUCAACAGCCUCAUUUAAAAGCCUCAUUCUCUUCUUCUGUGAAGCUUUUGCUUGUCAUUGUCUUGCUAGUCUGCUCGAUCGCAUUUGCAAUCGCAGCAAUCAUCAAAGCUCGGUCGCUAAAACGAGCAAGCGGGUCUCGAGCUUGGAAAUUAACCGCAUUCCAAAGACUAGAUUUCACAGCAGAUGACAUUUUGGACUGUUUGAAAGAGGACAACAUUAUUGGGAAAGGAGGUGCUGGGAUUGUUUACAAAGGUUUUAUGCCGAGUGGCGAUCAUGUCGCUGUGAAAAGACUUCCGGCGAUGGGCCGAGGAUCGUCCCAUGACCAUGGAUUCAAUGCUGAGAUACAGACUUUGGGGAGGAUUAAACAUCGUCACAUUGUUAGAUUAUUGGGUUUCUGUUCAAACCAUGAAACCAAUCUUCUGGUUUAUGAGUAUAUGCCUAAUGGGAGUUUAGGGGAAGUUCUGCACGGGAAGAAAGGUGGGCAUUUGCAAUGGGACACAAGGUAUAAGAUCGCCAUUGAAGCUGCUAAAGGUCUUUGCUAUUUACAUCAUGACUGUUCGCCAUUGAUUGUUCACCGAGAUGUAAAAUCAAACAACAUUCUUCUGGAUUCUGAUUAUGAAGCUCAUGUUGCUGAUUUUGGGCUUGCCAAGUUUCUUCAGGAUUCAGGCACAUCAGAAUGUAUGUCCGCCAUAGCUGGUUCUUACGGAUACAUAGCUCCAGAAUAUGCUUAUACAUUGAGAGUGGAUGAAAAGAGUGACGUUUAUAGCUUUGGAGUAGUACUGUUAGAAUUAGUGAGUGGGCGAAAGCCCGUCGGAGAAUUCGGCGAUGGGGUCGACAUAGUUCAAUGGGUCAGAAAAAUGACGAGCCCCAACAAUGAAGGGGUAGUGAAAAUCAUUGAUCCACGCCUCUCCUCGGUCCCACUCAAUGAAGUAACUCAUGUAUUCUAUGUAGCGAUGCUAUGUGUGGAAGACCAAGCCGUGGAGAGGCCAACAAUGAGAGAAGUAGUCCAAAUCCUCACAGAACUACCAAGGCCACCAACUUCAAGACAAGUAGACUCAAAAGAAGCCGAAGUAACAACCCCACGGCUACUGCCAUCAUCCCCGGCUGUGGCAUUAGAUUCACCAAACAAAACACAGCCACCACCUGAUCUUCUGAGCAUUUGAAGUAGGAACCUUGGAGGGAGGGUUCAUAGAAAAAGAGGAAGUCCUGAUUUCUUGAGGCAUUAUAAUUAGUGUUUGUGUGUUUUGGUUUGAAUGGACUGGACUGACUUCAAGGAAAGCAAUAGGAAAGUUUGUGUGUGUGUGUGUGUGUUUGUGUACAGUUUAGGGAGAUGGGAUUGGGAUUGUUCUGCUGCUGAGACUGAGAUGGGUGUCAUCAUCAUUAUAAUUGAUCAGUACACAGUAAGAGAUGCAGGUUAGUGGUAAUGGUACGUUCUGAUUUUUACUGUGUGAAGGUCUGCUUAUAAACUAAAUGUUGCAGUGUUUUUUUUUUUUUUUCCUUUUCCUUUGUAUAAGUUUUUAUGAUGAAGGGGAAACAGUGUCAUUUCAUGUCAAGGAACAAGAUGCCUUCCUUCACAAACCAAACUAUGGAGACAUCAUUUCAAUCAA